AUGGUCAAUUUUUACCGCCGGUUCCUACCGAACUGUGCUGAUCUCAUGUUGCCGCUCACCAACAUGCUUUCUGGUCCCAAAGGUCCCCUCGAGCUGACUGGUGAAGCACUGACUGCUUUUGAGAGAAUCAAGAAUUCCCUUGCUGGUGCCACCUUACUCACACAUCCCGCUCCCGAAGCUCAGCUGUCUCUGAUGGUAGAUGCUUCGACCGUAGCCGUAGGUGCAGUUCUUCAACAACACCUUGCUGGUUCGACUCAACCACUUGCCUUUUUCUCCAAAAAGCUCUUACCAGCUGAGACACGCUACAGUACCUUUGGCCGUGAACUACUUGCCAUUUACCUGGCUGUGAAGCAUUUCCGGCAUUCCCUUGAAGGUCGUGACUUCACCGUUUUCACUGACCACAAACCGUUGACUUUUGCACUUCGUUCCCACACUGACAAACUAAACCCCCGGAAAAUCCGCCAACUGGACUACAUCUCCCAGUUUACCUCAGAUAUCCGCCACAUCGACGGGUCACGCAAUGAGGUGGCUGAUGCACUGUCCAGGCCCUCCAUUGCUCAUCUUCAGCUUUCACCCGGCAUAGACCUCGCUGAGAUGGCCACUGAACAACGCCGUGUCGGUCCACCCUGUGAUGAGGAUGUUUCCGAACUCCAACUUCGGGAACUACCACUGACAACUGGUAACGGCACCAUCUUAUGCGACGUAUCCACCCCUUCCCAUCGUCCAUUUGUGUCAUCAUCUCUCCGCCGCAAAGUUUUCUCCUCCCUGCACAAUCUGUCGCACCUUGGGAGUCGAGCAACCGACAAGCUGGUUUCCGACCGCUUCGUCUGGCCUGGCAUGCACAAGGACCUCAAGGCAUGGACACGGGCUUGUAUCGCCUGUCAACGGAGCAAGAUCCAGCGGCACAACAAGGCCCCCAUUGGCACCUUCCCUGGUCCUGGUUCAAGGUUCAGCCACGUUCACCUGGAUAUUGUAGGCCCCCUGCCUCUGUCUAAUGGUUGUUACUAUCUCCUCACCUAUGUGGAUCGGUUCACUCGGUGGCCUGAAGCAAUUCCCCUGCCUGACAUUGCUGCUCCAACGGUGGUCAAGGCUUUUUUCAGUCGUUGGGUUGCUAUCUUUGGUGCACCCCCCAUAAUCACGACUGACCGUGGUGCCCAGUUUGAGUCUAGUCUCUUCCGGUCUUUACUCUUCUUUUUAGGCUAUACUCGCAUCCGCACUACAGCCUAUCAUCCGGCAGCCAAAGGGAUGGUCGAGCGGUUUCACCGCCAGCUGAAGGCCACCCUACGCGCCGCGGCCGAUCCGGAGAACUGGACGGACCACUUUCCCCUGGUCCUCUUGGGCAUCCGCUCCGCUCUCAAGCCGGACCUUGACUGUUCCGCAGCCGAACUGGUGUUCGGCACUACCGUUCGACUUCCCGGUGAGAUGAUCUCGCCAACCCCACAAGGUGCGGUUGAGGAUCCCACCAACAUCCUGCAUCGCCUCCGGCAGUUUAUGCGGACACUUUCUCCGGUUCCUCCCAGGUCCUCCGCCUCUCCGUCUUAUCUCAAGAAGGACUUGGCAACGUGCUCUCACGUCUAUCUCCGAUGUGAUCGAGUCAGCCGGCCCCUGGAACCACCCUACAAUGGCCCCUUCCGAGUUAUCUCUCGUGGGAUGAAGAACUUCCGCGUCCAACGCGGCACUCGCGAGGAGGUCGUGAGCGUGGACCGUCUCAAAGCUGCCGUCCCGGACACUCCUCCGGAUGAGCCCUGUGGUCCCCUACCCCCCUCUCCGCCUCUCCGACCCUCUAUCCCUACGUCCCGUAUACUUCCUCUGCCCUCAUAUCCACAGCCCCCAACUGCAAAUACCCCUUCAUCAACCAACGACACUGUAACCGCGAGCCAUACUCACUCUGCUCCUGUGCCCCCUGUAUAUAUCACCCGUAGUGGACGCCAUGUUCAUUUUCCUGACCGUUUGAUUACUCAUGUUUUUUAG